AAGCAGAACCUGUAAGAGUGAUAGAAAAUAUAAAAUUUAUUAUGAGCACUAGCCCUUACAUAGUUGUAAGAGCUGGUUAAGUCAUCUCUGUCUGGUGUUGGCCUCUGUGUCUGGUGUAGGGCCUAAACACAGCAAGGCUAAUAGGAAGAAAAGAUGGUCAUGAAAUGGGGAAGAAUAAGGAAAGAUUGGAACUGGUGAAAACAAUCUGGAACCUACAAGUGAAACUGCCUUUGCAAAAAUUAUGACACUGAGAAAAAUCUGACAUAGGAAAAUUAUGGCAGUAAAAGAAAUCUGUCCUAACGAACUCCAUCUUGCUUCUAACCUCCAAGCUGCCCUUGUUCGUUCCCGGGCAUAGGCUGAACUAACUUUGGGAGGAAUUUAUAGUUUAACUUUGAAACAAAGAUGAUAACAGCCCCUCCCUGAAACAAACUCCCUCCUUGCAUGGGGACAAGAUUGGUCUUUGUAAAACCAACAAAUUAGCCACAAGCUCAGAAACCAUGGCCUAGGAGUCAUGCAGCCAGAGGCCACAAGAUUGCUAACUUCCCCAAUUGCCCCUAUAGAUAACAUUACUAUUGUAAAACUUAAGAUUGGUGUUUGAGCCGAUUUUUCUGACCCAGCAUUCUGAUGGAUUAGCUGGCACAUUCCAGACGGAAAAACUGGCUCAUCUGGUCUUGUGGCCUCCACCAGGAACUGACUCAGCACAAAACGACAGCUUCAACUUCCUCUGAUUUCAUCACUUGACCCAACCAAUCGGCAUUCCCCAUUCCCUAGCUCCUUUUCCACCAAACUAAAAAACCCUAGCCUCUGAAUUUUCAAGGAGGCUGAUCUGAGUAAUAAUAAGACUCCAGUCUUCCAUUUAGCCAGCUCUGCCUGUAUUAAACUCUUUCUCUAUUGCAAUUCCCCCAUCUUGAUAAAUCAGCUUCAUUUGGGCAGUAGGCAAGAAGAACCCAUUGGGCGGUUACACACAGGCAAACUAGAUCCUGUGAGGACAAAUUGCAACCUGCAUCUAUAUUUCCUUGCAUCCAACCUCAGUGAUGUGAGGGACUUAUAGGAUUAGGUAGUGCCUUUGGCAACACUGCUGCACAUGUACCUGGUCUAAGAUUGAGAGAAGCAGAAUGAGGAGAUCUGGCAGGAGCUGCAGAGCUGCAGGCCAGGCUGCUGGCCCAUGCCUACACGGUGAGCCAGCAGGUCAGUGCCUGGCUCUACGAUGACCUUUAGGGCUUCAGAUCAAAUGGCUGCUGCUUUACUUCUGCCUUCCAAAUCUCACACACAUUCUCUUUUGACUAACCCUAACCUAGAAUCAUAUAGGAAAGGGAAUUCUGGAAAAUGUAGUUCUAUCUUAGCUAAGUUGACACUCUAUGAAGCUACCGCAAGUCUGUUUCUGCAUAAAUCCUUGAGUAAGCAAGGGACAGAAGAUAUACAUCUGCUAUAUUUUCAAUCUGUCUCAAUUCAUGAGUGUGUAUCAUAGUGUAAGCAUGGCACAGUGUUGAGUACAUACAAUUCUGUUUGGUUGAAUUUUUAGAAUAAGACUGCUUUCCUAAACUCUAGCCAACUGUUUCAUUACAUCUCUCCUGAAGAAAGUGAUCUGCUCCAGUGUGAGGAGAGAAAGACUGCAUUGGGUCUAUAAACCGAGAGAUGGCAUAUGUGGGUCUCUGAUAUGGUCCCUUCCUAAGAAGGGAUUCCUGGAGUAGUUUUCCCACAUCCAAUUUUCAAUUUACACUUUAACUUUGAAACCCAAUCCUGAUUUUAGAACCUCCUGCAAUAAAUAUUUGUUAAAAUAGUGAAAAAUGAAUUGUGAACUUCUUAUCUGUAGGGGUUUUCUGGUUAAGUGUCUGUAUUCCUUUUAGCAACUAGCAAAGUGCUUGGCACAAAUUAGGUACUCAAUAGAUGUGGUUAAAUUAUUUAUUGCAAAUUUCUAUUCUGGUGUUGUAUAAUGAGUAUUAUGUUUUCUUUUUCAAUAGUUUUCCAAGUUGCCUUUAAUAUAAGCCACUUAAUAUUGUGUGUGCCUUGGGGCUUGGGUAAAAAUGACUGCCCAUUCAGUGUGGGUUUUGCAAGGCAAGUUGGAGCUUGCAGAAAAGUAAAUGUACAUUGAAAUACUUGGGAACAUUUUGGCCCUGUUUGUUUCCUUCAGUGUUUGCAUAAAUCCCUACACUCUACCUGUACCUCUCUCGCUUCCUCUCUUUGGUAAAUUAUCUUAAAUAUUAUAAAGUAAUUCAUGCUCUUGUUAAACAGUAAAUAAAGGAGAAAAGUGAAUAUAAAAGUUCUUGGAAUGCCUCCUCCACCAUACAAAAUUUUGCCUGAUCCAAAAUUCCACUGUUAAUAUUUUUGUGUAUGUAUCUUUCCUCAAAUAUCCCAUAUGUUUACAAAAAUAUAUACGAAUACGUAUGCAUACUUAUAUACUUAUAUUUGAAGGAAACAGGAUUACAUUAUAUAAAAAUACUAUGCUGCUACUGGUUUUUACUUACUAUAUUUUGAAACUUUUUCAACAUCAGCACGUAAAUGUGCAGUUUCCUUUAAGUAAACUCUUGAAAUGUAUUCCAAUGUAUGUAUUCACAAUUUAACCAGUUCCCUAUGAUGGUCAUCUUAGGCUAAUUCUAAGAAUUAACAUUAUAAACAAUGUUGCAUAUACAUAUAUCUUUGUAUGUAUCAUGCUAAUACAUCCAAUUUUAUAUCCAAAUAUAUCCAAAUUUGUAGCAGUGGAAGUACAUAGUUUGCCUGAGUUUUAAUAGCAACCGAAAAGUAUGUAUUUUCAGGAUAUAUAAUAUUUAUAGCUCAUUAAAAGUUUCUAGUCAACACAGGGUUACAUGUAUCUACACAGCCUCUUUUGUCAAGAGACCUUUGACAAACGGAAAAUAAAACCUUGGAAGAAAAGUCUUUGUCCUUAUUCUUUUUACAGCUUCCUUUAGCCAUCUACAAUUCACUAAUAAUUAGCAUCCACCACCAUCUUCUGGAACUGAAGACAGCUUUUCUAGAGAUUAAAAGUAUCACUAUAUUUAAUUCAAAAUCUAAUGUAUUGUAAAACAAUUAUUUUUAUAAUUCCAUUAUCUUAAUGUGGAACAAUAAUGCUGAUAUUGCCACUAAAAAUUAGCUGGCAUUGUCUAUUAAAAUUGAUCAUAUGCAUUUCUCACGACCCAUGAAUCUACUCCUAGUUAUAUACACAUCAGAAAUGAGUACAUGUAUCUGUCAAAAGUGUUCUGUGAGACUGUUUGCAGCAGCCUUAUUCCCAGUAGCCUCAAAGGGAAACAACGCAAAUGCCCUUCAACAGUGGAAUGCAUAAAUUGUGCCAUACUCAUAAAAAGGAAUAAUACGCAACAGUGUAAAUGAAGAAAUUAUUACCAUAGAAACUAUGGAUGAACUUCAUAAACAUAAUGUGAAUUUGAAUAGAGCCAGACAGAAAAGAAUACAUACUAUAUGAUUCCAAAGAUUCAACAGGUAAAAUGAAUCUGCAGUAUGUGUUGGUUAAUGACUGGAGGGUAAUAAGGUGCUGAUCUGUGCAAUGUGCUAGCAUUCUAUUUUUUGACCUGGAUGGGUUUUGCAUAGGUAUGUUCAGCUUGUGAUAAUUACCAGCAGAGGGGAGAGCAUGCACGCAAUUCUUCAGGAUGAGAUUGGUGACAUGUAGAGAAAAGGGGGAAAUGACUGUAGUUUAAAAAAAGUCAAUUCCCUCCUCCCCACUUCUCCAGCUCUCCAUUUCCUAGGAAGAGAGCCCAGGGAAAAGCAAACCAAGAAACAAAUUCCAGCUCAAACUCAAACUCUCAAACAGAUCUGGAGACUCAAAUAUCCAUCUCUCUGGGCAAAGGCAUUCCUAGAUUUGUCCAAGGCAGAAAAACUACCACUCUAACCACGUUUCUUCGCUGCCCGGGGUCAGAGAAGUAAAAACCCAUUAUUUAUUUAUUUUUAAGUUACUUCCAACCUCGCUGCCUCGAGCUUCUGAAUCACCUGGGCAACCUGGAAGCCGCCCAUCUAAGGGGGUGAGGUCGAAUCCCAGCCUUGACGCCUUAGCAACCGAGCGAGCCUUUCUCGCGUCCCAGCAACGCGCCCUUCCCUCUGCCGGGCCUAUUCUCCCUGGUGCCCCUCCCUUCCUCGAGGCUGCAGCUCACCCCUCAUUGGGUCUCUCGUUGGUCAGGAGGGCGCGGGUCUGCACACUCUCACUCGGUGCCGGACAGCAGUUCCUGCGGCUCUUGCUGUGGGAGCUGCCCGAGAGCCAGAGCAGUGGGGAGGGACGGCGAGAAACAAUGUUUAAGUUUAUUUAAGAAAGAAGAAAAAGAGUCAAAAAGCUCAAGAUUUGUGUCACUCUUAUUUUUAAGGCACAUCCAAAGCUCCGUGGAGAAGGGGCUGGAGGGUGGGAAAAUUAUUUUUGUGCACAUUCCAUAUAAGAAAGAAGAGACCCAUCGAAGAUUCAGUACGGAGUCACCUGGAAAUUGGAGAUGUUGGAUACGAUCGCCCGUGCCCUGCAGGACCUGGGCAGGCAGGUGCUGCCCACUCUGCCCUCGCUGAGCCAGGAGGAAGUCUCUAUUAUCUGGGGGAAUGUAUCAGAAUUUGUGAGAUGGCAGUUAACCCUGCACAAGGGGGUUCAGAUUCCAGCAUUUGGAACUUUCACUUUCAUAAGACAAAAGCUUGAGGUGGGAAACAACAAAUUUAUCUUAAUCCAGAGGCCUGUGUUUAUCAUGGCGGAGAAGCUAGUGCAGAUCCAUGGACUCAAACAAAACAAAGUAUAUACUCCUGGUGAUAUCCCAAUUGUUCCACUUAAUUUUGUCAUGAUAUCCCUGGAGGGUCCAUUUAAUAGAGAUGUAGUGGAAGGAUGUGUGAAGGAGACGUUGCUUUUUUUAUCGCGUUCCAUUUCCAUGAAACAAAAUGUGGAGUUUACAUUCAAAGGAAUUGGGGUCCUCAUGGUCAGAGACAGCAAAGUGAAGAUGAGGUUUUAUAAAGACUUCCUUUGUACCAUGGAUGGAAGUGGGGCUUUGGCAAAGGCCCUAGCAAAUAGGCCUGGCACUGUGGACUCGGUGUUGUCUAGCAGAGAGGCCUUGAGGAAGUGGCCCAGCAGUGUGCUUGCGUUUCCAAGGAUUGAGCUCAAGGAGAUGGAAAACAAACUGCCUAUGGAGACCCUUGUAGAAGAAUGUGGAGAGAAUAGAGAAAGGAAGUGCAAGUUAAAAGACCAGUCAGACAAAGAAGAAGGCACCAGAGAUAUCUCAUCACCCAAAAGACUUCGAGAUAGACAAGCUUUGUUCCCUGCCAAAGUGACAAAUGUCAGCUUGCUGGAAAAGUUUGAACGAAGUGAGAGUGGUGGGAAGAUUAUGACCCCUGAAAGCUUAUCAUCUCCAAGUUGUCUGAAACACGACAGUGAGAUGAAGCCCCAAACAUCUCCAGCUUGCCAGGAUCAUAAUAAGGCAGGACAGGAAAUGUGCUAUGUGUGUUUGCAACGAGCACAACGAAAUUCCCCGUUGUACUACAGUGAGGAAAGGAGGAGAGAGAUAGAAGAUGAGAGACUCAUACAGCAGUAUCAGAUGUUGAAGGAUCAGGAGGCUCUCUUCAGAUACCAGAUGAAAAGUCUGGCUACUAGAGAACAGAAUCAGAAAAAUGCUGCCUAUAAUCUUGGAGUUGCUGAAGCUAUAAGAAACCACAAGAAUGAGAAACCGGAAUUUUAUAAAUCCUUCCUAUUUGACAAACGGCCACUCAGUCCUGCGCUUAAUGCUCUUAAGCAAGAGGAAUAUUCCCGGAGUCUCCUGAAACAAAUGGAUAACAGACAGGAAAACGAAAUAAAGCAAAGACAAUACAGAGAGUUGAUGGACCGCCUGGAACAAGUGCAACUCACAGAGGAACUUGCUGCGCAAAGAGCGAAAUUUUUAAAAGAUAAGAUGGAAGAAACACAGUGUUACAAGAGAGCUUUGGAUGCACAGAUAAAGAACAAACCCUCCCGGCUGCCCCGCUUUGAGCCAGACUCCUCCGAGCCCAUCUUUGGUAAGAAUGAGGGUGAACUGAUGGUGGAAAAGCAAAAGCGAGAACAAAAUUACAUGAAACACCAGCUGGAGGCAGCUGCUAACCACAAGAGGAAAGCCAUCCUGCAUCAACUAGUGGACCAGAGGCGGGAUUUGCAAAUGCUUCAGAGGACACAAAGAGAGCACUUGGCAGACAGAACCGCUGAGCUGGAGCGAGUAAAUAGAGUCAACCAAUGCUUACAGGAGGACUGGGAAAGGAGUGCUGCGAUGAAGAAGCAGCGAGACCUGGAGGACAAGGCUUUUGAACGGGCUUCAGACAAGCUGUUUCUCCUAGACCAGUGUGAGAAGUAUCGGCGCUGCAAGCAAUGCCAGAGGCACACCUCCAACGUGGGCGAGAGCAACCUGUGGCCCCUGAACAAGUUCCUGCCUGGCUCCCGGUUGCUUGUGUAAAACUCAAAGUUUGGCUCUGCGUUUCCUGGGGAAAGUUUUUAUCCUUUACAUGUUUGGGGGUGAUGGUGAAACUGCGUAUUUUUACCUCAGAGAAAAAAAUCAUUGUUUAGGUUUGGUGCUUUCAUUAGAUUGCUUGUUAAGCCCUUAUUGAAUUCACUCCUGCUUUCCUCCCACCCCCAAUUAUUUCCUGUACUAGUUUCUGAUGGCAGUGAAGGUGUCUGAAUGGUCCUGAGGGCUAGAACCUGCUGCACAGGGGCUGGGAAUGGGAUCCAGCUUCAUUAUGGCUGCUGGGGUGCUGCUGACCCAGCCCUGCUGCUGCUCCAUGACUUUGUGUACAAAACUUUUUUCAUCUGUAAUGAAUAGUGGCAAUAAUAAAUAUUUUCUAAGGGCCUGACUGUGCACGACAAUUCAUAAUGGUACAUUUUACCCCUCCCUCUUCCCCCAAUCCUAGACUUUUCCAGAGGGGUAUAUGUGUGAACAUCACAGAGAUGGGUUAGACUAUUUACCCCCAGGAGGCCAGAACAAUGCUCCCUGAGUUUUCUCAUUGAUGACAUACCUGGGACUUUAGUGGGGUCUCCCAAGAUAUCAUUCCCUUGUUGAGCUAUUUCUACACCCUUGGAGUAACUGUGCACUGUGAGGUGAGUCACCCACUACUUCACUUGCAUUCAUUCUUAAGCUGUAGGUGCUGUUCAAGAGGACUUAACUCCCUGUCAGAGGACUGACUUUCAGUUAAGGUAUGGUUGUUCUCAACUAAAAACUUUCUUCAUUUAUCUUCAUACUUUUGUAAUGCCCAACCUUGUUUUUACUAACCCUGUUUUUAGACUCUCCCUUUUCCUUUAAUCACCUAGCCUUGUUUCCACGUGAAUUGACUCUCCCUUAGCUAAGAGAGCCAGACAGACUCUAUCUUGGCUCUUUCACUGGCAGCCCCUUCCUGAAGGACUUAACUUGUGCAAGCUGACUCUCAGCACAUCCAAGAAUGCAAUUAACUGAUAAGAUACUGUGGCGAGCAAUAUCCACAAUUCCCAGGAAUUCGUCUGAUUGAUAACGCCCAAAGCCCAGAGUCUAUCACCUUGUAAUAGUCUUAAAGCCCCUGCACCUGGAACUGUUUACUUUCCUGUAACCAUUUAUCCUUUUAACUUUUUGCCUACUUUAUUUCUGUAAAAUUGUUUUAACUAGACCCCCUUCCCCUUUCUAAACCAAAGUAUAAAAGAAAAUCUAGCCCCUUCUUCGGGGCUGAGAGAACUUUGAGCGUUAGCCAUCUCUUGGCCACUGGCUAAAUAAACGGACUCUUAAUUUGUCUCAAAGUGUGGCGUUUUCUCUAACUCGCUCAGGUACAACACUUUCUUCUCCUCUCCCUGCCCUGUCUGACCAAUUGAAGUAAGAUAGAGUGAAGUCUAGAUUUCUGAAAUACAAAAGCUAAGAAGGAUGUCUUUUAGACUAUUUGCUUUCUGCCCGCCACAUCUCUCCCUUGGGAAAUAAGGGAAAGUUUUUGUGGGAAGAUGUUUGUGAACAUUUAAACUUUCAUUUUGCCCUACAAAUACAAAAUAGGAAUGUGUUGAGCCCUGAAUAAUUAUGGAGAAAAUAUUCACUCAAGCUGAUAUUGGGCAAAUUUUGUUGCUAAUGUUAUCUUUUUCUAUGAAAACAAGCAUACCUGCUGAUGAUCACAAUUUUUUGGAACGUCUUCCCUAAUCUUUCUCCGUUUCUGUCUUUCAUUUCCUCAAAAAAUCAUUCUAUGGAGGGCCAAUCAUCAUUAACCAAUAUUUAAAACAAUAGGCUUUCCCCAAGACUGCCUGACCUGCCUGAAUCUACAUCUGCUGUACCCUUGAAGUAAUUUGUUUCUAAUAUAUAAUAAAUUAUUAUAAUAGUGUUGUACUAAUAUUUUUUAAAAAUAUAGAAUGCUGGCCGGGUGCAGUGGCACAUGCCUGUAAUCCCAGCACUUUGGGAGGCCGAGGCAGGUGGAUCAAAUCUUUUGACGAGGUCAAAAGAUUGAGACCAUCCUGGCCAACAUGGUGAAACCCCGUCUCUACUAAAAAUACAAAAAUUAGCUGAGUGUGGUGGCACGCGCCUGUAGUCCCAGCUACUCAGGAGGCUGAGGCAGGAGAAUUGCUUGAACCUGAGAGGUGGACGUUGCAGUGAACCGAGAUCGUGCCACUGUACUGCAGCCUGGUGACACAGCGAGAUUCUGUCUCAAAAAAAAAAAAAAAGAAUUCCUUGUUAAAGAAAAAAAAGUUAAUUUUGGUAUGUUCAGGUGAGCAGAUUUAACUUCAUAGAUCUUUUCACUGGAGGAAUUGAACUUACAAUUUACUGUCAUAGGUAGCAGUCAGUAUUACAGUCAGACCCUUUAAAAACUAUUUUUAAAAAUUAUAUAUUGACAAAUUAUUUGUAAUAUUUAUGUUGUAUAUAUUUAUGGGGUAUAAAGUGAUAUUGUGAUUUUUGAAUACAAUGUGGAAUAAUUAAAUCAAGUGAAUUAAAAUGUCCAUCACCUUAAAUAUUUAACUUUUUGUGAUAAGAAUAUUUAAAAUUUAUUCUUUUAGUGAUAUUGACAUGUACAGUGCUCAUUAUAUUCACCACACUGUGCAACAGAUCUCAAAAAUAUAUCAAAGUUGGCUUGGCGUGGUGGCUCAUGCCUGUAAUCCCAGCACUUUCGGAGGCCGAGGCAGGCAGAUCACCUGAGGUCAGGAGUUCGAGACGAGCCUAGCCAACAUGGUGAAACUCUGUCUCUACUAAAAAUACAAAAAAUUAGCUGGGCGUUGUGGCACGCACCUGUAGUCCCAGCUACUCAAGAAGCUGAGGCAGGAAAAUCACUUGAAUCCAGGAGGCAGAGGUUGCAGUGAGCUGAGAUCAUGUCACCACACUCCAACCUGAGUGACAGAGCCAGACUCUGUCUCAAAAAAAAAAAAAAAUCGAACUUAUUUUUCCUGAGGCUUUGUACAAUUCAACUAUCAUCUCCUCAUUCCUCCCAUCCCCCAC